UAAAACCAUUUCAUAAUUGUCACAUACAUUCAACACCAUAAAACCCCUCACUUACUCUUUUCAUAAUCACAUUAGUCACAAAACAAAAAUGGAGUCCAAAGGAUCAGUUUUAAUUAAGCUUCUAUUGCUGCUGAAUGUAACAGUUCUAUGUGCUUCACAAUCACAGGAUUUUGAUUUCUUUUACUUUGUUCAACAGUGGCCAGGAUCAUAUUGUGACUCAAAAAAGAGUUGUUGCUACCCAACAACUGGAAAACCUGCUGCAGAUUUUGGAAUUCAUGGUCUGUGGCCUAAUUAUAAGGAUGGCACAUACCCUUCUAACUGUGAUCCUAAUAACGCUUUUGACCCAUCCCAGAUAUCUGAUCUCAAAAGCAAUUUACAACAGAACUGGCCCACACUAGCAUGCCCAAGUGGUGAUGGAAUUCAAUUCUGGACACAUGAAUGGGAGAAACAUGGUACUUGUUCAGAAUCAGUUCUUAAGCAACAUGAUUAUUUUGAAACAACUCUCAACUUGAGACAAAAAGCAAACCUCCUUCAAGCUCUUACAAGUGCAGGAGUACAACCUGAUGGAAAUUCGUACAGCUUGAGCAGCAUCAAAGGAGCUAUACAAAAUGCAGUUGGGUUUGCUCCAUUCAUUGAAUGUAAUGUGGACUCAUCUGGCAACAGUCAACUAUAUCAAGUUUAUUUGUGUGUGGACACUUCUGGAUCAAACUUCAUUGACUGUCCUGUGUUCCCCCAUGGCAAAUGUGGAUCUGAGAUUGAGUUCCCAACUUUUUAAGUAGAAGAUUCAACAACAAUAAUGUAUCUUGAAGUUCAUUUAUGAUAUGUAUGGAAUUGCAGUGAUAAUUGAAUUUGAACUUGUUUUUUAAUUGAAUGCUUGCAUAUGUAAUAUUCUGGCCAAAAACAUGUACUCCCUCCGUUCCUUUUUAACUGUAAUGCAACAUUAAAUGAUGUUUUAUCAA